AUUCUAUCCUUGACCACUGGUGCUAUCUUACAUCAAAUAUCUCUUUCAAUAAUCUCACGAGGAUUUGCCAUAGUCUUCCUAGUCAAAUCUUCAGGUACUCGCUAUGCACUCAAGCGCAUGUACGUCAACAACGAACAUGACCUUAAUGUUUGUAAAAGAGAAAUACAAAUUGCGAGUAACUUAAGUGGACACAAAAACAUUAUAGGAUAUGUAGACAGCAGUAUUACACACACAGGAGGGGGAGUUCACGAACUCCUUCUCCUGAUGCCUUAUUGUAAAACCCAAGUUCUUCAAAUUAUGAACAACAGGUUACAAACAGGAUUUAGUGAACAAGAAGUGCUUCAAAUAUUUUGCGAUACUUGUGAGGCUGUGUCUCGCCUGCAUCAUUGUCAAACUCCUAUUAUACAUAGAGAUUUAAAGGUGGAAAAUAUUUUGUUAGCUGAUUCCGGGAAUUAUGUAUUAUGUGAUUUUGGCUCGGCAACGGGAAAAGUGCUUAAUCCAAGCGUGCACGGAGCCUCCGUUGUUGAGGAGGAAAUUAAAAAAUAUACGACGCUUAGUUAUAGAGCACCAGAAAUGGUCGAUAUGUACAGUGGAAAGUCUAUAACAACAAAAGCGGAUAUAUGGGCUCUCGGUUGUUUGCUCUACAAAUUAUGUUUUUUCACUUUGCCUUUUGGAGAAAGCCCUCUUGCUAUUCAAUCUGGAAACUUUACUAUUCCAGAUAAUUCAAGAUACAGCAAAUCGCUGCAUUGCUUGAUUCGUUACAUGCUGGAACCCGAUCCAGAUCUGAGGCCUGACAUUUAUCAAGUGUCAGCAGUGGCAUUUCAAAUUUCAGGGAAAGAAAAUCUCGUUCAAAACUUACAC